AUGGAUUCAGCGGAGCAAAAUCCUCUGCACUCAGCAGUUUCUCAACAAGGGAUAUUACUGGGCCAACAAGAAACCCGCCUCAACACGGCAUCGCAGGAGAUCGGUAUUCUCCAUGCUCAGAUUGCAGAUCUCUCGGCUCGCUUCCAGCACGCUCAUAACGAAGCCACCACGCGGGGGGAGCCGUUUCGUCUUGAACCUGAACCUCACGUCAAUAACCCUCCUGUCUACAGUGGGGACACUAACUCCUGUCGGGCUUUUCUUUCCCAAUGCUCCCUGGUGUUUAACCUCCAGCCUCGUCGUUUCUCCUCUGAGGCAUCUAAAGUAAGUUUCGUUCUCACACUCCUCUGCGGUUCUGCCAGAGAAUGGGGAAUGGCUGUUUGGGACGCCAGAGCUCCAUGUUGUGCUUCAUUUGAGACUUUUCGCAAGGAGAUGGAAGGACUGUUUGAUCGCUCAGUCCGGGGAGACGAAGCGGCCGCCAAGCUCUCACGCCUGUCUCAGGGGCGGAUCUCCGUCACUGAAUACGCUAUUCAGUUUCAGACCCUCAGUGCCGCCUGUGAGUGGAACGCAGCGGCAUUGCGAGCGUGCUUCCUGGAAGGACUUAAUGACACGAUUGCAGAUGAGUUGGCGGGUAGAAUCACGACUGGAUCUACGUCGCCGACGUCGACAGACGAACAGUUCUUGGCGCCAAAUGGAUUCUCCGGAUCUGACGGUCAGCGAGUCUCACCUCCCACCUCCUGUGGAGUCCGAACCUAUGCAGCUGGGACGGCUUCGACUCACUCCUUUCCAGAGACACCAACGUCUCACCCAGGGGCUCUGUCUCUACUGUGGGAAGCCGGGCCAUCUGGCCAUCAAGUGCCCACUAAAAGCCAACGCCCACUAGUAGAUAGGAGGCUACUGGUGGGCAAGAUCUUCUGUCCUCUUCCUGAUGCCUCCCGCACACAGCUGUGCUUCGUCUUGGAGUUCCAGGGGAGCUCACACUCAGGCCUGGCUUUAUUGGACUCAGGGGCAGAGGGUAAUUUCAUUGAUCGGGAGACGGCUCGACGAUGGAAUAUUCCUUCGGUUCCUCUUUCCACUCCAGUCCCGGCACGGUCACUUGGAGGAGCCCUCCUCUUCACUAUCACUCACUGCACUCCCUGCUUACCCUGUGGAUUAUUCACUCCUUCCAGUCAUUCCCGGUUCACCUACCUGCUACGUGGACUCUCUGCCGUGGUCGCUUCUCUACCGUCCACUGGACUGUUUCUUUCUCCUCCUGGGACCGGCACCUUAGGAUCUACAUCCUGUGGAAGAACUUUUGCACACAGUCGGAUCAAGCAUCUUAUGGUAGCUCGUCCCUUUACCGUCUGUAAAGCAGUCGAGCGGGGACACUCUUCACUCUAGUCGCUGGCGUUGCCGUAUGCUGGAUUUCCCAGUUGGCCUCGUAGCCAGCGCGGAGGACUACGAUCUUUGGCUCUAUUCAAAUCACUGGCGCUGCCGUAUGCUGGGUUUCCCAGUUGGCCUCGCAGCCAGAGACUCUGCCUUGGAUUCUAUAGACUACCUGUUCACCUGCCUCUAAUAAACUAUUUUACCUGCAA